AUGCCAGUCAUCCCCAGCAUCAUCUCCCCACCCCGGCACUCCCACUCGGCCAAGUUCAAGACCGGCAACUCUCACACCGUCAUGCACCAUCGCCUUUACGCCCCCUCCGAGUACCCCGAGGAUGAGCAUGGGACUGCAGCUGAACCGGAGCAGAGCAAUACCCCUAGGCCGAGGAGGGGGAGCGAGACCAAUAGCGAGCGUAUUACGGCCGGAUACUGGAGUCUUUUUGACGGCUUGAUGGAUCCGCCCAAUCUAUACGCACCCUCCAGCACCAGCAGCAACAGCGACCCCGACAUGACCAUGCCCGCCUACCUCGCCCACCUCGAAUCGCACCAUUCCCACCACCCUUCCCCGGCUCUCUUGGACCAUUGCUGUCGCACGGCAAGCUCUGCAUGGUAUAGAUCUCAGUGGAGGCCGAUUCCUGAGACUGAUAGAGGGCCAACUUUACUGGAGACUUGGGGUGAUGAGAGGGAGCGAACGCCUACUCGGCUUGCACCCCGACAAAAUACCACACCUGUUCAAACGCAGAAUCGUCAGCCUGGCGCCCACGAUUAUCAUCAUCGCGAACCAUCCACUCCCACCAAACCUCGCCGGGCUCCUGCACACCCCUCGCUUAGACACCGGAUCUCCAACCUCUUCACUCGCGGGCUUGCCCCUCUUGGUCCGCCGCAAGUUGCUCCCCUGUCUGGUACGUCCCGAAGUGUGAGAAACACUCGCUCGACACCAGGGUUGGAUGAGAUGGGACGCUUGGUGUCUACAAAUGACCAGGCUACUGGGACGGCUGUUGGACGAACCGAAAUGAUGUCUUCCAGACAGACACCUACCAUCACUUCCGUCAGGUCGCCCGAACGUAGUCACUCAGCGCAGAGUAGCCAGCCUUCGUGGUUGCGUAGCGAGCGCGAAUCUUCCAGUGAUGAAAACAACUCGCACGUGAAUGUCAUUCCUCCCAGUCUCUCCUGCGGCGUCGAGAGCGAUACACCACCUCCUCCGCCCUAUAGUGCGCCUGUCGACGAGUUUAAAAGGGGCGCAAGGCCAGGCCUACUCCGCCCAAGUCACCUCCAAUACGCACGAUCGAGCCAAAACUUGCGCGGAGGACGGUACAGUCCUUAUGGUAGCUCGAGUAGCUCGAGCGGCGACAGUACGUCUAGGGACCGACGAGGAUAUGCACGAUUGUGCAGCAAUCAGUCCUCCCGCCUUCGCUUCAGCGAAGACUCUGACAGGCCGACCGCCCCUUUGCUCGGCCCUGUUACACCUUCGACGAUGCACCACUCGCGUAUCAGCCGGGAUCUUCGUCUCCCAUCCCCAGCUCACCCAGUCGGGCCUACUUCCAACAGCAAGACUGCCCUCCCUCCAUGGGGAUCCUUCGAUGUGGUCGGGGAUAGGAACGAGGUUCAGUCGUUUGGCAACAUGGGUUUCGUGGAUCACCUGUUGGAUGAGCCCCAGCAGGCGAUGAAUGAGAAUAUGGCCAGGCGCAUGUCAGGCAUGAGCAUGGAGGUGGAUGCUCCCGAGCCUGGGGCCGACAAACUCUUGGCUCUGGCCCUCUCCCCGUCUCCCUCUGUCACCUCUGCCUCUGCCUCCGAGACGACCGUGUCGGCACCUUCAUCGACCGACUACGAGACCGCCUCCGUCGUGUCCUCGAGAGAAUCCGCCCCCGCCGAACCUACGAUCCAGCUCUAUUCCCUCUACUCUGUCCACAUUGCGCGCUUUGUCGAAGCCGUCCAAUAUCGCAACGCCCUGCAUGCCGACAACCCUUCCUCACUGCCUACAUUCACCAUCAAUGGCACCGUCGUCCGUACUUGGGACGAAGCUACUCGGGUGGAAUGGGACGCGCAGAGUUUAUAUCCGGUGGCAGAGUAUUGGGCUUGCAAGUUUAAGCAGGGGAGAAAGGAUGAGAGACGGGGGCGAAUGUGCUUUCUAAAGUUGAGGGAUGGGUUGCUGCAUGCGUAUGCUUUUGCGAGAAAGGGGAAAGGGGUGAGGGAGGGGGUUGAGAUGGAGUUGAGGGAUUUAUGGUUGGAUUUGGCGGACGAUUGGGGGUUGACGAGAUGA